CUCAAUGUACAUCUUAAAAGAACCAAACAAACUGGUAAAUAAAUCUGAUGUUCAUUGUUUUUAUGAUAAACUGGGAAAGUGAGAAAUGUUUUUCCUGAUGGGGCAGAAUAAAAACUGCUGUGAUAGGGUUAAAAAAAAAACAAAAAAAAACAAUCAGUCCAGAGCUCCUCCCUCCUUUUAUGUACUGGAAUCAGGAAGACAUGACUUAAGACAGGAGCUAGUUUGUGCCUUAAAAUAGAACAUCAAGAAGACAAUACAGCAAACAUAACAGGUUGUAAAGGUGUUCUAUUUAAUUUAUUUGGAGACAGAACCUGAGGACAGGCUGGUAAGAACGACUGAGCCUUUAUGUGAAUGUUAGUUCUGAGUGGAUCGUAAGACCAGAAGAGGAAGAAGCUGAAGAAUGGCUGCGAACGUGUGUCUGCCUGAGGAGGACUGCACCUGCAGUGUGUGCCAUGACAUAUUCACAGACCCGGUUGUGUUAUCAUGCAAUCACAGCUUCUGUAAAGUUUGUCUCGAGGACUGGUGGAGAUGGAGUGAGCUUCAGUUAUGUCCCAUCUGUAACAAACUGUUCCCCAUAUCCCAACCUCCUGUCAGUCUGGCACUGAGAAACUUGUGCGAGACAUUGAGGAAAGAGAGGAGUCAGGGACCUCCCUUGGAGUCAAUGGAGACCUCCGAGCCAAAGGAGACAUCUGAGCCAAAGGAGACCUCUGAGCUAAAGGAAUCCUCUGAGCCAAAGGAGUCCUCUGAGCUAAAGGAAUCCUCUGAGCCAAAGGAGUCCUCUGAGCCAAAGGAGACCUCUGAGCUAAAGGAAUCCUCUGAGCCAAAGGAGUCCUCUGAGCCAAAGGAGACCUCUGAGUCCAAGGAGACCUUCGAGCCAAAGGAGGCCUCUGAAUCAAUGGAGACCUCCCAGUCAGAUGAGAUCUCUGAGUCAAAGGGGACCUCCAAGCCAAAGGAGACCUACGAGUCAAUGGAGAUCUGCAGUCUACACGAUGAGAAACUGAGACUAUACUGCAAAGACGAUCAGCAGCUCAUCUGUCUCAUUUGUCAGGACACCAGACAACACAAGAACCACGACUGUGUCCCUCUCAAUAAAGAAGCAGAAAACCAUAAGACCGACCUUAACGUCCAUCUAAUGCAUCUAAAAGAGAAACUGAUGAUGUUUCAAAAAGAAAAAGACACUUGUGAUAAACUGGCCGGACACAUCAAGGUUCAGUCACAUCAGACAGAGAAGGUGAUAAAGAAGGAAUUUCAGAAGCUUUACCAGAUUCUGCGAACAGAGGAAAUUGCUCGGAUUGAAGCGGUGAAGAAAGAGGAGACACUUAAGACUGAUGCAAUGACCAUCAGGAUCGAGAACUUGAAUGCAGAGAUCUCCUCACUCAGUGACAAAAUCAAAUCCAUCGAGGAGGCGAUGAAGGACAAAGACCUCUCAUUCAUGCUGAAUGUCAAAACAGCUAUGGAGCGGGCAAAAUGCGACCUGUCGGAGCCAAGACCCCCGUCCUCAGCCCUCAUCAAUGAGGCUGAACACGUUGGGAACCUGCUGUAUAAAGUCUGGAUGAAGCUAAAGAGCACAAUCCAGUACAGUAAGCAACAUGUCAUUUCCCCAUCAUCAAAUUUUGACCUUAAUAUACAACCCUGGCAAAAAUAUGGAAUCACCGGCCUCGGAGGAUGUUCUUCAGUUGUUUAAUUUUGUAGGAAAAAAAGCAGAUCACAGACAUGACACAAAACUAAAAAAACUGUAUCAGUUUUGAUUUAUUGCUUGGCAUUUAGAGUGAUUUUCUGUUGCAUGUGGAAUAAAAGAAAAAGUUCCAAGCAGUUUUUGUAUGUGCACCAAUAUUGACAUGUAACUCAUGAGUGAGUUUUCACACAAAUAAAUGAAUGAAUAAUUUGAAUGCCUUAUAGUUUAUAAAGGGUACGCUCGAAGUGCUGCGCUGAAAUAUCUCCAAAUCUUGUCGAGCAACAAAUGUGCCAUCGUUGAGAUCUGUGUGUGCAUACGGGCAUUUUGUCUCACAAGUCAAACUGGAAAAUUCCAAAGCGUCAUCAACGAAAACAAACAACAAAAAAAUUUCCAUCUUGAACCAAUUGACUCGAGGAAAAAGAAACCAAAUACUGUCAUCACAUAAGG